AUGUGGCUCGAUCGACUUGCUGGACAGUCGGUGUCGCCAGGUUCUUCCCAGCCGGGCAGUCGCGCCUAUUCUCCCGCCCCUCGGAGAUCGACCAGCGGCGUCGGACCUUACAUCACAUCUCAGCAACGCCCGGGCCUGACACCGAGAUCGUCUUCCAUCUCGUUGGCAUCUAACGAUUCCUCCACCUCGUCCCUGCUGGCGUCUUCGCGCAGAGCCAAUAGCUCGGCCCUCAAGCAAUCAACCACCGUAUAUGCUGGACCAGAUCCGGUCGAAGUUUUGGGUACCUUGCUCAAGGAUGGCGCGGGACAUGAUACCACGCUCGAUAAUACACCGGCUGCCCCGAUAUCACCACGAGAUCUUGAUCUCCAAUUCGACUUUAGCAGGUCUUCUCUGCGAGAGCUAGCAUUGUCGGACGAUCCGGUCGUGGAGGCGGUAGAUACCAGCAUCUCGCAAUCAGUGGAGGAAUACGAGCGGGAGAAAGCGAAAUUUGAGGAUCUACACCGAUCAAUCCGAGCAUGCGAUGAGAUACUCGGUUCGGUCGAGACAAACCUUACAAGCUUCCGUAACGACCUUGCCACGGUGGCCGCAGACAUCGAAACAUUACAAGCGCGCUCGACUUCUCUCAACGUGAGACUGGAAAAUCGAAAAGCGGUCGAAAAGGGGCUUGGGCCAGCAGUGGAAGAGACCAGUGUUUCACCCGUGGUCGUAUCGAGGAUAGUAGAUGGGCAUAUUGAUGAGUCCUGGGUCAAGGUCCUGGCUGACAUCGACAAAAGGGCCACAGCAUACAAGAAAGGCGCGUCGAGCUCCGACCCCAGUAGGGGUUUGCAAGAUCUUGGACCCCUGUUGGAGAAACUGAUACUGAAGGCCAUCGAACGCAUCAGAGACUUUCUUGUUUCCCAGGUCAAGGCCCUCCGAUCACCGCAUAUCAACGCCCAAGUCAUACAACAACAGAACUUCUUAAAGUUCAAGGACCUAUUCUCUUUCCUUCACCGACAUCACGCCACCCUCGCGAAUGAGAUCUGCCUCGCAUACAUGAAUACGAUGAGGUGGUACUAUGUCAACCAAUUUACUCGUUACGAGACUGCUCUCAAGCGGAUCAAGCUCCACAUCCUGGACAAGACAGACGUAUUGGGCAACGAAGAUACAUCUCGUAAAGGCACGGUUCUCUCAAGCUCCAAGAUCGCCGGGCCGCCUCAUGAUGCAUUCAACAUUGGUCGGCGCAUCGAUGUCCUCCGCACCACUAAUCAAAUCGCGCUGCCUUCUUACUUGGCCGAAGAAGACCAGUCAACCCACUACCUCGAGGUCCUCUUUCGCAACUUCAAUCUAGCCCUCAUUGACAAUGCGACGGCAGAAUACACCUUCCUCGCGUCCUUCUUCUCGCCGGCUCUGAGUUAUUCCACCAUAUCCCGCCACUUUACCUACAUAUUUGACCCAACAUUUCAGCUUGGGCAGGCUUUGACCAAAGCGCUUGCGACCGAUACGUACGACGCCAUUGGGCUUCUAUUAUCUGUCCGUCUCAAUCAACACUUCCAAUUUGAACUGCAGCGGCGCAAGGUACCUGCAGCCGAUGGAUACAUCAAUGGAACCGCCAUGCUCCUUUGGCCACGACUUCAAUAUGUCAUGAAUGCACAUUGUGAGUCUGUCCGCGCCCUCACUACCGCGCUUCCAAACCGCCUGCCAUCGAAGGCGGAGCAAGCAAAGUUGUCUGCCGCGCCGCAUGUUGCGACGCAGCGGUUCGGGCAGCUCGUACACGGUAUUCUGUCGCUGAGCACCGAUGCCGGUGAUGAUGAGCCUGUAGUCACCAGUUUGAGGAGACUUAGGAGCGAAAUGGAGGCUUUCUUAACGAAAUAUAGUGCAGGAUUCGGCAAUGAUAAGAGAAAGAGAGAGAGGUUUUUGUAUAAUAACUAUAGUCUGAUACUAACGAUCAUCAGCGAUGUUGGUGGCAAGCUUGCUGGCGAAGAGCAGGAGCACUUUGAAGGCUUCAAGACAGCGUUUCAAGAGGCUGCAUGA